UGUUUUUGUUAGCGAAGGAAGUCGACAAAAUUUGAUUUUAUGACAUUUGUACGACAGAAUAAUCGGAUUUUCUGUGGACAGGGAAUCGUAAAGAUUAUUUCACUGAUUAAGGGAACCCAUUUUCGGCAUAUUGUUUUAUCUGUCACGUAAAUGAGCGUGGAAUAGACGUCAAAUUUAAUCCAAGACGGCACGAAAAAACGAUUAUAAACGGGAACCAUUGAGGCAGAUUAGACAAGAAUUGUGUUUGCUUGAUUAGAACAUCAUUUAGAAUAUUGUUUCGUUGCUUGAUUUAUGUUCUCAGGGAUAUACGAAUGGAGAGAUUGGUGCUUUUUCUUGGCAUUAAUUAAUUCAGAUUUAUAGUUCUCCAGACACAUUUUUUUGUCAAAUUUAUCAAUCUUUCCUUGUUAUAUUGCCAUAAAACAUACAUUGUGACAUAUAUUUUGUUGAGUUAAGCUCUUCCAAAAUUUCAAAAAGACAGAAAAGUUUAUUUUGUGAGAUUAAUCUAGACAACUGUUAAUUCAUUAGAGAAAAAUACUCGUUAUUUUGUAGAUUUUCUAGAUAUAAGAAUAGUCUAGAAAUUAUUUUGGAUUUAUUUUCCAAUGAUUGUUUUACAAAAUUAACUGGGAGAAAAAAAGUUCAGUUGAAAGUUGAAAAAACGUGGGAUCAGCGGCGCUUUGACGGAACGUAAAACUGUGGUGAACCAGCAGCAGAUGUUAGACGUACAGAUAGAAGUGUUUUGUAAAUAAAUGGCUGCCAGUGUUGGGAACCAAUUUCCGGCAUUUCACAGUAUUGACGCAUUGUUAGGCGGGCCGGAAGCCGCCAUGUAUGGACAACAAUACAUGAGACGGUUUCCUCUAGAAAGGAAUGGAUUGCUAGACAAGGCUUUAGAUAUAAAGCCACACAAGGUGUUUGGACCUGGGUCUCAGCUGAAUGGACAGAAUGAUGCCAUACAGAAACACAAAAAGGACACAGAGCAUCAGAAAUUGUUUUCAACAUCUGCGAAGGACCAGGCUCAGAAGAAAAGGGAGAAAAGUAGUGUUGAUAAUGAAGAAUCGGAAGCGCGUAAAAAGACCAGGCGAAACCGGACUACUUUUACGACAUAUCAACUACAUGAACUUGAGAGAGCGUUUGAAAAAUCCCAUUACCCAGAUGUAUACAGCCGCGAGGAGCUGGCGCUAAAAAUAAAUCUUCCAGAGGUUCGAGUUCAGGUGUGGUUCCAAAAUAGAAGGGCAAAAUGGCGCCGUCAGGAAAAACUUGAAAAUGCUAGUUUUAAACUAUCUGAGAGUUUUCCAUUAUCAUCAGUUUCAAGCAGGUCAUCAAAUGCCGUCCUACCACUGGAUCCGUGGAUGACGUCACAAUUAACGACCAAUAACAUCGGCCCUAGUACACAACUGCAGAUCACACCUCAAUCAACGAAUCAAAAUGCUGCUUACGCUCAGUUUCUUACAUCACAAACAUUUUCUGGAACGUCAUCUGCAAACGUCAGCACAGCAAUACAAAAUUUAUUUGGCGGAAUCUCCCGAAUGGACGACGGAGAUCCACGGAACUCGAGCAUUGCUUCUUUGCGUCUUAGAGCACGUGAACAUAUGGAGCAUUUGGAACGGAAAUAUCAUUUAUAAAUUUGAAACGUUCAAUAUUCAUUUGCACCAUUUGGCAAUAUAUUUGAACAAUCAUUCACAAAUGCAUUCUCUACUGGCUAUGGGGCCGUAAACUGCCGGAAAAAAAAUGGAAAGCCAGUGUUACAGUGUAAAAAGUGAAACUGGUUGCGUUGUGAACCUGACAUGUAUUAUUAAUUUAACUUUUACUUUAGAUCUUUGAUUAUUUGUGUUAGUACUGUGCUGACAGUAACUGUUUUAUGAACAUAAUAUUUAUGUUAUUAUCACUGAAGUUUUUCAACAUUUUUAUGACAUGAAAAUGAAUAAAAAUCAAUUUCAUUUCAUGUGAAAUGGGACCCGUUUCUCAUAAGACUCUAAUACAAAUUACAGCAGCUCGUACUUUGACUUGACAAGUUUUAACAUGCAGAUUUCUGUCAAAUGAUUUCCUCUUUUAUUUGGACAGAAUGAUAAUAUUUUAAUCUUCAACAUGCUUAAUAAACAGGUCAUGCUCAUGCGAUUUCCCUAAGUACACAAUUUAAAUCGGAGUUCAGAAAACUGUGUGAAACGAUUGUCAAUUAAAGUCUGGCAACAUUCAAAUACAUAAAAUAAACAUAAUAUAUACGUACAAAAUUUUAAUAUUAAUAUUUCAAUGUUUUAUCUUAUUUUUUAAUCCUUUAUGUACUCGUAAAUGACAUAACGUUACGUGCAUUUUUAAUUUCCGGUACCAUUCUUAUUCCUUUACAUUGCUUGUCUGUCAAAUAUAUCGCCACCAUUCAAGGUAGAGACAGCUUUAACAAGAUAAUACAAAUUUCCGACUGUUUGCCCUCUUAAUUUGUCUAUGACCGUCUCCAGUAAAUUGGUACCCAAAGGAUAAGCAACCUCGAGUGUUUAAGAUGUUUUCACAAGCUGGUUUUGAAGUGGGAGGGCCCAUGGUUCGCUACUGUUUGAACCAACAGACGCAAGGGCGCCUAAAAAGACAAAUUGAUAUUCAUUUGCUCUCCACUCGCAGCGACUAACAAUCGCUGACAAUACAGUACAGGUACUUUAUACGCCCAAAUUAUUUGGAUUUCUUGACACACACUUUUUUGUUAUUGAAACGUACUUGUAUCCUUAAUUAUGAUGUUAUGUGAAGAGUAUAGAAUUUAAGAACAUGUUCUUCAAAAGGAUGAUUAUAAAAAGAUAAUUUAAUCAAACAGGCCAACUCUCCACGUGACUCCCAUUGAAUGUGGUUGAUGUAAUUUUUACGAGAGUUAAAUAUGAGCAGAGUAUAAUGAUCCGACCGAACACCCAUCGUUUUUUAACAGGGAUAAUUUCUUUCACAAAUUAUAGAUGUCUUGAAAGCGCAGUGUCUAAUUUAAACCGCAUACAAAACACAAUUGUAAAACGAAAGAGACUAUGAAUCAAGUCGGAUCGAAUUUUUAUAUCUUAAUCAUUUAACAGCGUAUCAAAUUUAUUUUACGGAUAUACAUUUACUGUUUAAGAGAAAAUUGAGUUUAGCCUGGCUAUGUUGCUGAUAAUAUUGGUUCUAAACACUUGGCACCAAAUUCGUAUCACCAUCUUUUACGGUAUUACGAUGCAAAACUGCGAUGCUUACUUUUUAGGCGAACGCCAGACUAUUAUUACCACAAAUCGAAAGUCACAAAGAUCAGCCAAUUGUUGAGACUGACAACAUAAAAUCAUUCCGUGCCAAUUCAAAUAGUUCUGUCAUGUAUAUCAGUUUUACCAUGGAUUUGUUACAAGAUUGUUAAACUCACCUGUUUCAACAAAAACCAUUAUUUUAACCAUUUACAAUCGUGUUUUCUUUUCAAGAAAAAAAUAUUUCAAGGUAAAAACGGAAGUUUAUGAAGGCGUCGCUAAUUACAUAUUUAAACUUACUACGCGUUUCUUUAUUAGGCUGGUGUGACGUCACUCCUUGUUCAUUCACUUUUGUAUAUGCAUGGAAACAUUUAUUUUUAGAUUUUGGGAUAGUCUAUUUCAAGUAAAUGUAGUGCGAACACGAUGUACACAAACUGUUAGAGUUAAAAUCUUGCAAGUAGAGUUUUGGUAACAAUUUUAUAACUACUUACGAAACCUUAACAAUAUUUUAAAUUUUCUUGGUGUUAGAAACAUCGGAAUAAAUCUUGAAGAUACAUUAAAACUCUGACAGACAUUAAAACGAUGUCAUUUUAUAUCCCUAAUUUCAAGUAAUGGAUUUUUCUCUUGGCAUAAUCUGUUUUUAGAUUUCUUGAGAUUAUUUAGGGGUUUUCCAUGUUCUAUUUUAGGGUAUUUGCGCCUCCUGAUAAAAUCACGUUUCUCUUACAUUACUUUGCUAAGUAUAUAUAUAGUUUUAAACUUGGUCAAUUACAGGUAUUAAUUCGGAAAGUCAAGAGUUGGGUCCUAAGUCGAUUGUCGGGCCACGAAGUGGAAAAGUGGGUCUUUUGGCACCCAACUGUUUUACCACUUCACCAAUGGUCUAGGGGGGUUACCCCUAUGAAGCUAAUCUAAUACAUUAGGGAACGAUAAGUGGUUUUCUUUGAUUAUAACUGAUUGGUGGGUCAAAAUUUUAUAUACAAAUCUAAUAGUGACUCUUUGAUUAACCAAAUAUGAAUAUAUAUUUAUAGGAGAUAUUACUUUGGCAUUCAAAUUCACAAUUAUUUACUAGAACUUGAUAAAAAAACGCAGGUCUUUUCAAC